AGGCACCCCUAUAGUGCUCCCUACUAGGACCCGAACGCCCAAUUGAGAACGAGAACCUUCUCAAGUUGGGUACACAUCUACACUGCGUUGGAAGAAGGGAAGGCGCCGGCGACCGAAAGCGCCCUGAGCGAUCUACCCGAAAUUUGCGCAAUGUUACCACAAAGACGAAGCGCUCGGUUAGGGGCGAAUGUAACGACAACGACGACGAUAGUGAGCGUCAAGGAGGAGAUUAGUACAGUGACGGUCGCAAAACAAGAACUAGAGGGUUCCAAAAAGUCUGCAAAGAAAUCCGUAUCGGUGAGCAUAAAGGAGGAAGAGGACAUACAAGAAGACAGGGAGAAUAUCGAACCGAUACCACUGGUAGCAAACAUCGACCCGACGUAUCUAGCUCAUAUUCCCCCAGGACCAUGUACCUUAUCGUGGACUCACCAUUCAGCAUCCCCGGAGCGAUGCGGAGAAAGCAUGAAAGUCUGUUUGGGUGUCGAUGAGGCAGGACGCGGGCCUGUUCUGGGUCCGAUGGUGUAUGCGGUGGCGUACAUGCCUGUGGACAUGAAGGACGAUCUGGCGAAUGUCGGGUUUGCUGAUUCCAAGUUAUUAAAGGAAGAACAACGGGACAAGUUGUUCGGGACGUUACAAGACCAUAACGAUUGGAUUGGCUGGGCCGUCCGCGUGUGCAGCCCGCAGGACAUCUCGGAAGCCAUGUUGAGGAGAUGUAAGCAUAAUCUCAAUGAGUUAGCGCACGAAACAACGAUGGAUCUCAUCGCCGAGACAUUACAGCGAGGCAUCAAUGUUGCGGAGGUUUACGUCGACACCGUCGGUCCACCGGAUUCCUACAAACGGAAGCUGCAGGCACGCUUCCCACAACUCCGAUUCACAGUCGCAAAGAAGGCCGACUCGUUAUACCCCUGCGUGAGCGCUGCAAGUAUAUGUGCCAAGGUCACCCGCGACGCGGUCCUGAAGCAAUGGCAAUAUGUCGAAAACAACAUUGAGACACUGUUUUCGAACCCUUUCGGCUCCGGAUAUCCAUCGGAUCCAAAUACUGUCAACUGGAUGAAUCAUCAUAUCGACCCUGUGUUCGGCUACCCACGCAUCGUGCGCUUCAGCUGGGCGACGUCGGUAAACCUGCUGAAAGAUAGAGCAUGUGCUGUGAAGUGGCCUGAAGAGGAGGAAGCAGCGGAAGGGGCAGACAUUCGAGGAUAUUUUGGAUCGAAGCCCACCGGCGGAUCCAGUGGGGAUAGCGGGACAACGUUGGCCAAAGCAUUUCCCCCAAGAGACACCUUGCUUGCCUCACUGAAGCACGUAGCUCAGUUUCCAUAAGAUCGGCUGAAGACGCAACCAUUGAUCAAAGUUACCCGCGAAUUGGCCGUAUGGCACGCCACUUUGAGUCUGGGUUUCAUUUGACAGUCACACCACUUGGACAGAAUGGAGCCUUCACACUCC